GUGAGACGUUUGGGCCGAGACCGUCCGUUUUUACAAGCGCGGCCUAAAGACCCAGUUGCUCGGGUCUCAGGGAAAAAAAACGUCCCACUCGCUCCUCCACGCCCACGGGCAGGGGGCUCCCGACCCAUCGCCGCCGCUUUCUCCGGGACCGCCGGUCCUCCACCCGCCGGCCGCCGCUUCUCUCUCGGCCUUCUUCCUCCCUGUGUUGGUUAGUAAUCCUGGCUUGCUUGGAAGGAUUCCUUUCUUCUGAUCCGGGUGGACUGCAGAUCUGAUCCGGGUGGCUUGUUCCUCGCUCGUGAUUCUUUCUUGGUUAAGAGCUUGGAGCCAUGGGGAAGAAGGGGAAGUGGUUCGGCGUGGUCAAGAAGGUGUUCAGCCCUGAGUCCAAGGAGAAGAAGGAUGAGAAACUGCGGAAGAAGUUAGCAGCUAGCAACCCAAGUCCGCUAGAUCUUACCCCAUGUGCCUCCUUGGAAGUCAAUGUUUCGGUGCCACCCCCUGCUGCUCAAGCUCCUCUUCCAUCUCUUGCCGAAACCGAGGAGGUUAAGGUCCCUGAAGCUGAGCAGGAGCAGAGCCAUCAUGUCAAUGUGGAGGCGACCCCUGCUGCCCCUGCACAGACGUUGGUGUUGCCACCUGGUGUAUCAAGGGAAGAGGUCGCUGCAGUCAAGAUCCAGACCGUCUUCCGAGGUUACCUGGCAAGGAGGGCAUUAAGAGCCCUGCGGGGCCUUGUUAGAUUGAAGUCGUUGGUUGAGGGUAAUUCAAUUAAGCGUCAAGCUGCAAGUACUCUGCGCUGUAUGCAGACUUUAGCACGGGUGCAAUCACAGAUACGUUCAAGGAGACUGAAGAUGUCGGAGGAGAACCAGGCUCUCCAACGCCAGCUCCUACUGAAACAAGAAUUGGAGAAUUUCAGGAUGGGUGAGCAGUGGGAUGACAGCACUCAAUCCAAGGAGAAAAUCGAGGCGAGCCUUAUAAGCAGGCAAGAGGCUGCAGUUAGACGAGAGAGAGCGCUUGCAUAUGCAUUUUCUCAUCAGUGGAAGAGCACUUCGAGGUCUGCGAAUCCAAUGUUUGUCGACCCGAACAACCUUCAGUGGGGCUGGAGCUGGUUAGAGCGCUGGAUGGCAGUGAAGCCAUGGGAGGGCCGCAAUGGGACUGACAAAGAGAGCAACAUUGACUGUGGAUCCGUGAAGAGCAUGAGCUUGAACCUUGGAGAGGGUGAGAUCACAAAGGCCUUCAACCAUAGAUCACCAGCUACUCCAAAAUUGACCCGUCCGACCUCAAGGCAAUCCCCGUCGACACCCACUGCUAAAGUGACACCAAUCUUUACAAGGAAAAAAUCUGCAACGCCAAAGAAUGGGCUUUCGCAGGUGGAUGAUGACACGAGGAGUGUCUUCAGUGUGCAGUCUGAGCGACCAAGGAGGCACAGUAUAGCCACCUCGACGGUGCGGGACAAUGAGAGUGUUGCAGGCUCCCCAUCAGUCCCAAGCUACAUGGUUCCCACAGAAUCAGCAAGGGCCAAGACCCGCCUCCAGGGCUCGGCAUUGACGAAUGGUGCAGAGACUCUGGAGAAAGGAGGCUCUGCUGGAUCAGUGAAGAAGAGGCUGUCCUUCCAAGCUGGAAUGGCGCCUUCAUCGCCAAUGAGGAGGCAAUCUGGUCCACCCUAGGUGGAGUGUGGUGAAGAACAUGGUUAAGCCGCCACAGCCAGAGGCCUUGGUAAUCAAUGGUGGAAACAAGUUAUUCAAAUGACGUUAGUCAUAUGACAAAUGGACAGAGGGGCAAUGGAUUUGCCCAAAGAUAUAUUUCAUCCAUGAACAAAGUUUAAAAAUUAUAUCAGCUGUAUGAAGUAUCGGCAUUUAAUUUUUAAGCAAUUACGGCCACAUUGUUUUGAUGCAUGAAAAGAUUCUUGGUGUCUGUCGGUUCAAUUCAUUUGUUGUGUGUAAAACUAUAUCUGUUUGCCUCUGAACCUUUGUGUCUGUAUCACUGUAUGUAACAGGUCUUCUAUUUAUGCGAGAUGUACAUUUCUUUCA